AAAAAUUUUUGAAGGAACCAAGGGAGUACAUCUGGUCAACACCCAAGGCCGUUGAAACAGUUGUGUAAAAACAAAAACAACAGCCCCCACCACUAAAAUUCAGAUGGAGCUGAGAGAGAGAGAUUUGAGCGAUCACGCCAGAUUUACGCCAAAUUAAAGUCUGUUGAUUUUUGCAGGCUCUUGAUUGAUUGGAUCGUAAAAUGUUUUAAUUUGGAAUUUAAAUACAGGUUUGUUUUGUAGGUAACUUUAAACAUGGAUGCGAAUGUUGCUUCAGCUGAGGAUCUUUUACCAGAGAAGAUUGAAGAUAAGAAUGAGGGAAGUCCUUCAUUUCAUUGUGAUCUUUCUGAUACAGAAGUAGUUCACAAAAUCGCGGAAGCUUUUCUCCCCGGAUUAGGUAGUGCAUGUGUUGAUUACACGACAGGUGGUAUCUUCAAGACCCCUGGUACAGUGGUAGUUGAUAUCAGGACUGAAAUGGUGGAGUACCUUACCCAGCGAAGUGAAAGUUUUGUUGCAGAAUCUGUUAUACAAGAAGGUGAGGAGGGGGAAGUAUCUGAUCAUCCAUUUGAUAUCGUUUCUGAAUUAGUUGAUGACUUUGCUAGUUUGAAGAGGAAUUUUUUUAGUCGGGUUUCAGGAUGGUUGUUGAGUGACAAGAGAGAAGAUAAGAUAGAUGAUUUUGUGCAAGAGAUGGAAGUUAGUGGGUUUUGGCCAAUGGAUACGAGAGAAGCAAUUGCGCAAACUUUGCUGAAGAACGUAGAUUUCAAGAACACUUUUCAUUGUGACAUGAAAUUUAACACAGAGGAAGAACUUGCUCAGCAUGUUCCCAACUGUGGCUUUAAGUCUAUGCUCUGCGAAAAUGAGGGUUGUAAUGCCAUAUUUUCUGCCAACCAACUGGAAAAACAUGAUUCAGUUUGCCCUUUCAAGAUCAUUCCAUGUGAACAAAAGUGCUCAGAUAGCCUCAUGAGAAGAGCAAUGGACAGACACUGCAUAACCGAGUGUCCAAUGAAGCUUGUCAAAUGUCCUUUCUCUGCAGUGGGCUGUAAAACCCCUGUACGUCAAUGUAUGAUAAAGCAACAUUGUCAGGAUGACCUAAAUUCUCACUUGUUAUAUAUUCUUCAAAGUAUUCACAAGGAAGUAUCUGUGGGGGAUCUUGAAAGGCGGGUAGAGCAACUAAAAGAGGCAUCCAUAGAUAUGUUCAUGGAAGCCCGAGAUAUCAGAUCUCUAACCUUCUCAGUCAAGAAUGUUGAGGUGACACUUGGACCAUUGGAAAUUACUGUCAUGGAUAAGGUUACUGAAGAAGGUAAAGAUGAUGAAAAAGGAGAAGUUACAGAAGAAGAAAAAGUUAAUGAAGGUAAAGCUAACAAAGAAGACAAAGCCAAGGUAGAAAGCAAACUUAAUGAAGAAGGCAAGACUAAUAAGGAAGCAUCAGUUAAUAAAACAGGCAAAGUUAAUGAAGUUGGCAAAGUCACUGAAGAAGGAAAACUUAACGAAGAUGGAAAAAUCAUUGAAGGCAGCAAAAUUGAUGAAGGAAAAGUUAACAAAGAAAGAAAAAUUUAUGAUUGCGAAAAAGCUAAUGAAGAAGGAACAGUUAAUGAAACAGGCAAGAUUAAUGAAGUAAGAAAAUUUGAUGAAGGAAAAACUAAUGAAGUCAGCAAAGCCAAGGAAGAAGGUAGAGCUAAUGAAAUGGACAAAGUGAAAGAAGUAGGCAAAGUUGAUGAAGGACAAAUUAAUGAAAGUGACGAAGCCAAGGAAGAAAGAAUAGUUAAUGAAACAGGCAAAGUUAGAGAAGGAAAAAUUAAUGAAAACAGCAAAGCUAAGGAAGAAGUAAUAGGUAAUGAAACAGGCAAAUCUAAUGAAGUGGGCAAUGUUGAUGAAGAAGGAAAAGUUAACAAAGAAGGUGGCACUAAUAAAGGCAGCAAUGCUAAUGACGUUGGUCAACUUCAGGAAGAAGGAAAUUUUUAUGGAGGAAGCAAAGUUCAUGAAGAAGGAAAAGUUAAUGAAGGCCAACCGAGUGAAAAACGCAUAGAGAUAUUUAAUUGAAAAUCAAACAACAAUAGAAGGUAAAUUUAGACCUACUAUUUAUGGUCUUUUGAGCAAACCGUUUUCAUGGAUGAUAGAAAUUUUGUCACCUCGCAUACAAUUUCUUGCAUUAUUGUUUGUUUAUUACUAUAAACUUGUCCGAGUGUUGUGUGCCUUGCAGCGAUUUUUGAUGAGGACAGAUUUUUGUAUUAUGCUUUUUGAUGAUAUGUUGAAAUAAGUUUUCUUGACAA